UUUCACAAUCUCCUUAUAAUAAUCUCUCCCCAUAUUGUACUAUUGUAGAAGAGGUCAUUCACUCAUUCGUUCAUAUAUACGAAGUAUAUUGAUUGAAUACUCUUAUUGAGACAGUGGAGAGAUGCAACCUGAUAAACAUGCACUCUAUCACAUUUGCAGUGCCUCUGUUUUUUCUUCUAUGGUUGUGCAGUUCCACAUACUCCAUGACCUUCAACCAAACUCUCAGAGAUGGGGAUUUAUUACUCUCUGAUGCCAACUCAUAUGCCCUCGGAUUCUUUACCCCCGGAAAGUCCACCGGAAAACGGUACCUCGGGAUUUGGUACCAGAACAUACCAGAACUAGUGGCUGUCUGGGUCGCUAACAGAGACAACCCGGUCAACGGAACAUCCGGGGUCCUCUUCAUCGACCGCACCGGAAAUCUUGUCAUCCAGGACCGGAACACCAAUUUCACCGUCUGGAACACCAGUCUUUCUUUUCCGGCGACGGGUUUACAAAAUCCUUAUAAUUACUCUGUUCAGCUCCAAGAAACGGGGAAUCUCGUUUUGUAUCACGACCCGGAUAAACGGGUCGCAGCAUGGCAGAGUUUCGAUUACCCGACAAACACAUUCAUGGCUUAUAUGAAAUUUGGAGUGGACAAGAAGGCCGGGUUGAACCGGUUCCUUACGUCGUGGAAGUCCCCGGACGAUCCGGGGACCGGUGAGUACUCCGCCAGAAUGGAGCUCAAUGGGACGCCUGAGGCGUUCAUGUACAAGAAUUCGAGUCGGGUCUGGAGAGUCGGGUCAUGGAACGGAGUCGGGUGGAGCAACAUCCCGGAAAUGUCAAGAAAUUUCACUGCAUACAAUUACACCGAGAACAGAGAUGAGGUCACGCAGUCCUACACGGUUCGUGAUCCGACGGUGUACACAAUAUUGGUGCUGAAUGGGUCAGGGACCUUGAAUCGGAUCAUAUGGCAAGGAAAUAAUGAUAUGGGUCAAAAGACCAAGAAAUGGGUCGGGUUAUGGUACGUGCCCAAAGACAACUGCGACGCAUUCGACCAGUGUGGCGCGUUUGGCAUUUGCAAUCCAUACAACCUAGACGGGUUUGACUGCAAAUGCCUUCCCGGGUUUGAGUCAAACUCAUCAACCCAAGAAUGGGGCUUGAAAGACGGUCGGCAUAGUUGUCGGAGAGAAGCGAAUACCGACACAUGCCGUAACGGCGACGGAUUCCUCAAGCUCACAAACGUUAAUAUCCCCGACAGUGAAACAGCGUUCUCGAACAGGGCGAUGGGGUUCAAAGAAUGCGAGGAGCGUUGUGUGAAGAACUGUUCGUGCAUUGGUUACGCGAGAGCAAAUAUUAGCGCGGGAGGGGAGGGAUGCAUCAAUUGGUAUGGAGAAUUGAGAGAUAUGAGGGAAUUCGCUAAUGGCGGCAGAGACAUGUACAUACGAGUCUCCUCAUCUGCAUUAGCGCAAAGUGUAAAGAAAUCGAAAGCGCUUCGCGGGAAACGGCUAAUAAUAUUAGCCAUGGUUGUACCUAUUGCUGGAGUUAUUCUUUUGGUCCUUUGUUUCACAAGGAAAAAUAGAAAAGGGUCUGCAAGUGCAAUGUAUUUGGAAGAAGCUGCACCUGCUGAUGUAAUAAUCUUUGAUGUAAACACAAUUAAAGCAGUCACGGAUAACUUUUCUGCUGAUAAUAAACUUGGAGAAGGAGGGUUUGGUUCUGUUUUUAAGGGUAAGUUGCAAAAUGGGAAACUUGUAGCUGUCAAAAGGCUAAAAACAAGUUCAGAUCAAGGGACAGAAGAAUUAAAAAAUGAAGUUAUGCUGAUUGCCAGACUACAACACAGAAAUCUUGUCAGGCUUUUAGGAUAUUGCAUUCAACAAAGGGAGAAGAUGUUGGUCUAUGAGUACAUGCCUAAUAAUUCUCUCGAUAACUUCAUUUUUGAUAAUGUGCUAGAGAGUUCUCUAAGCUGGAGAACACGUUCUGAAAUCAUAUCCGGAAUUGCGCAAGGAUUGUUAUACCUUCACCAAGAUUCGAGGUUAAAAAUCAUUCAUAGAGAUUUAAAAGCAAGUAAUGUUCUCCUAGAUGCUUCCAUGCAACCAAAAAUAUCUGAUUUUGGAAUGGCAAGAAUUUUCGGAGAUGAGCAAAUUGAAGCGAACACAAAUCAAGUUGUUGGAACAUAUGGUUAUAUGUCGCCAGAAUAUGCCAUGGAAGGUCACUUCUCAGUAAAAUCUGAUGUAUUUAGCUUCGGUGUUUUGAUGCUUGAAAUAGUUAGUGGCAAGAAAAACAAAUAUCAACACACAAGGAAUUCCGUGAAUUUAAUAGGAGAUGUAUGGAGUUUUUGGAACGAAGAAAAAGCAUUGGACAUUGUCGAUCCAUUAUUAGGAAGAGAUAAUUCAACUAAUAUUCGAGAAAUGUUGAGAUGCAUUCACGUUGGAUUGUUGUGUGUGCAACCACUACCACAUAACAGACCAAACGUUUCAGAAGUGAUUUUUAUGCUAAGUAAUCAAAUAGAACUUCCUUGUCCUAAUCCACCUGGAUUUAUGGUAAAACAAGGAAAUAUGACGCCAUCCUCAUACCUUGGAAGCGGUGGAAAUGAAUCUAAUAAUAGUAUGUCAUUUUCUCAAAUGGAAGGUCGUUGAAUUGUUUGAGCUUUUUAAUUUUUAUGUGUAAAUAAUUAGUUCUGGGAAAGUCAUCGUGCACUUACAAUCAAAGACACUAAUAGAGCAUGUGGAUUUCUUUCAUAAUAGUGAAAGUUAAUUGUCAAAUUGUACGUAAAAACUUGAUGGUGAGUUAUAUUGUUGCCCUAUGAGCUAGGCUAUGAGAGUCGAUUUGUUUAUGCAGAACGUUUAGAAAUAAUGAAUUCACAUAUUGCCAAGUUGAAUGUUUAGUUUUUGACGUUACUCAUGCAAUGUGACAAUAUGAGUAGUGAGUAGUGACUAUUGAGUAUGCGGAAGGAUGGUGUACAAUGAGGCAAUGAGCAC